CUCAAACUUCUAGUGUUGCCUUGCACAAAUCUUGUUUAUCCAUUUCACAUUAUAUAGUGCCAAAUUCUUGAGUGUCCCAUUAUAUAUGUACCUUCUAUUUCCUCUUUUAACACUUUGAAGUCUUUCUUCUUCUUUUUUCUAUUUGUCAUAUUGUUGACCUUCUAAAAAUUCAUCAAUGGCAUCUACCAAAGUUCAAGUUCCCACAAUAGAUCUCUCAAAUCCAGAGCUAAAACAAGGCACUACACAAUGGGAAUCCACAAAAAUUCAAGUUCUUGAAGCCUUGCAAGAAUAUGGUUGCUUUGAAGCAAUGUAUGAUAAAGUUCCAAAUGAAAUUAGGGAGGCCAUGUUUGAUACUUCAAAAGAAAUAUUUGAAUUUCCUUUAGAGACCAAAUUGAAAAACUUGUCAAACAAACCCUUGCACGGCUACAAUGGGAUGAUUCCACACUUGCCAUUGUAUGAGAGUUUGUGCAUUGCUGAUUUGCUAAAACCACAAAGUGUUGAGACUUUUGCUAAUAUUUUUUGGCCUGAUGGUAAUACUGAUUUCUGCAAUUUGGUAAAAUCGUACUCAAAUCCACUUGUGGAAUUGGAUGAAAUGGUGAAAAGGAUGAUUUUGGAGAGUUUGGGAUUAAAAAAUUACAUUAAUGGUUUCUUGGAUCCCAUUUUUUUCCUAUUUCGAUUUACACAUUACAAGGCAUCAACUGGAGAUGAAAAUAAACCUGGAUUGGGUGGCCACACAGAUGGCAACUUCUUGACUAUAAUAUCACAAAAUCAAGUAAAUGGAUUGCAAAUUCUCAAGAAAAAUGGAGAGUGGAUUGAUGCCAAUAUUUCACCAAAUUCUUAUCUUGUUUUGUCUGGUGAUUCCUUCAUGGCAUGGACAAAUGGUCGAUUGUGUUCUCCUAUUCAUAGGGUAACAAUGGCUGGAGAAAGUGACAGAUUCUCCAUUCAAUUAUUUUCAUUACCAAAACCAGGUUACAAUAUAGAGGCACCAAAAGAACUUGUGGAUGAGCUACACCCUUUACUCUUCAAGCCCUAUGAAAUUCUUGGAUUACUUGAGUAUGUUACUUCACAAGCUGGCUAUGGAGCUGGCAAUGAUGCUUUCAAGACUUAUUGUGGUGUUUGAUCUGUUGCAGUUAGCCUUCUACAUGCCAUUUUCCGACGGGUUCCAUUAGAAAUUCGGGUCUUUUUAGUAGUGUAUAUCUUAGUAGUGUAUAUGUUAUGUUUGAAUUCUUGCAGUUCUUAAGCUUCAAAUUUCUAUUGUUUUAUAUAUGUUGGUAGCUUAUGCUCGUUAUGCCUCCAUAUGAAUAUUUGUCAUAACUAGAAGUUUUUUCCUG